UACACAAAAUCAAAAGACGAAGAAGAAGAAGAAGCUUCCGCGUUCGAGCGUCUCGACGGUAUCUGACAGUUCGAAGUUGAGAGAAAAUAAAAAAUACUUUUCUCCACAUCAGGCCAAGAAUGACGGACAGGAAACCGUGUAAGGUGUGUAACUUCACACGACAAAAGUCCUACGGAGUGGUGGUGCCCUCCUUAGAUGAGCUGAAGCUGAAAGGAAGUGAGUUUCUCGGGUUCAGUCCUGGUCAGCCUGUCACGGUGGUCCUGGAUAACGAUGGGACUAUAGUAGAGGAUCAAGCUUACUUUUUGUGUUUACCUCUAGACACAAAGUUUAUGUUGUUGCACGAAAAAGAGAAAUGGUCACCAGUUCGCAGGGUGGAUGGCGGCACGGCCUGGAUGGCAAGAGACUCCAUGUUGGUGGAGGCGGACACCGUGGACGCCUCCAGUGCUGCGGCACCCUGGCUGGAUCUGGCGCAGCAGCUGAAGCGGGACCUUGCCAGUAUCAUCCUGAUGUCUGACGAAGACUUGCAGACACUAGUGGAUGCCCCGAGCAUUGAACUAGCCUCUGCUGUGGGCUUCCAAGAGAAGAAGGCCCAGGACCUGCAAGAGACCCUGCAGAGAGUUCUGGACCGACGGGAGGAGGAGAGGCAGUCUAAGGAGUUGCUCCAGCUCUACCUCAAAGCCGCGGAGAAAGAGGGCGGACAGCAAGCAGACCAAAGCAGGCCGGGACAGGAAGAGGCUGGGGAUUUGGGGGUGGAGACGAUGGAGGUGGACUCUGGCUCCGGAUUCGUGUCCAGGACGCUGAUGGUCCUGAAGGGCAAAACGAGCCCAGAGACCAGACUCUCCACUGAGGAUCUGCAGAUGGUCGUGACGAGAGGGGUGGAAGCUAUGGAGCGCGUGCUAGGCUUGGACAGAACAAGGACUUCUGCGCUGCUGCAGGCCUGCGAAGCCGAGCUGACCGGACGUCUCCAGCAGAUUCAGGCGGUGCAGUCCAUCAGGGGCAGCGCACAGCUGGACGGCAGCCGGGGGUCCAGCUAGCAGAGCGCGGAGGAGGGACGAAGGAUGAGGGACGCCAGAUCCGGGGGAGCAACCGGGCCGAGGCUUCACCUGAGGAGAGACUGAUAAGAAUCGACACAAACUGCUCCAGGGUCGGAAGAAUGGGAUUUACCUUGUGUUUAAUAAUCCUGGAAUCAUGAAUGUUGAUGAUGGUGGCGUUGGUAUCAUUUUGUGUAACUUGCAAACCACUUAAAUGCUUUCGCCGCGAUAGGAAGUCAUGUUUAUCAAAGACUUGCGUAACCACUGGCAUCAACUUUCUAUCGGCUCCUUAUUUUGGUGAGUGCCAAGCUGUGAAAAUAAUCACAAAUAAACAUUUGCGUAGGGAAAGCAAAGCAUUUGGGGAAAUGUGACCAAUCGCUAUGUUGUCUUGUUUAGCUCAGAAGAGUGGCAUCAAAGCAUUUUUCCACAUAUGUGGGAUCAUUGCUUUAUACAAACUGUUACUGUUAAAUAAACUUUCCAGUGUUAUUGUUUACAUUCUGCUCCCUCUUUUACACUAAGCCGGACGGAAGAUUUGCACUGCAUGUUGUUCUAGAGUAAAUCUAAUUAUAGGUGAGACAUAUGCUUUGAACCCUCUUGAUCUUCAUUAUUUGGUGAGUGACAAAAUAUAUAGUUUUGUAUCUGUUUGAAAGAAUAUGUGCGCUUUAUCUUGAGUAAAUGGGAUCUAUUGGGAAAUUUAGAGUAGAAGUGUGUUCUUUCAAUCAUCUGGCACUUCCUUAGAUCUGACCUUUCUGUUUUAAGGGUCGUCAUCAGACCCAAAUAAUGUGUCAUAUGAUGAAAAUAAAGGUUCACGUCAACAUUUA